AUGUCGACCGACUUGGUGUUUGUCAAAGAAAUCUCGGCUACGGCAAUUACAGGCAAAGAUGCAUGGAAUAGACCAACACCACAGCCAAUCACUAUAUCUGUAUUUUUAAACACCGAUUUCCACAAAGCAUCGGUUACAGAUAAUUUAAAGUACAGUGUCAACUAUGCUGUUUUGACGAGACAUAUUUCAGAUUUUAUCAAGUCAAACGAGCACAAGAACUUCAAGUCAUUAGGCAGUAUUGCCGAGGCUGUAUCGCAAAUUGCUCUCGAUGAAAAGAAUGGAGGGAGCGAGGUUGCAAAAGUAGUGAUAAAGAGUCCAAAGUCGGAAAUAAGAGCCGAUAGUGUGGAGUAUGAGUUGAUUAGAAGCAAGAAUAAUCCCUCGGCCAAUUUUGAUAGCUACAAUGUCACCAAGUUGAGGCUUUUAACAAUCAUUGGUGUUUUUACUUUCGAAAGACUUCAAAAGCAAAUUGUUGAUGUUGAUUUAAGCAUCAAAAUAAGAAAGGACGAUCCUAGAUUGGACUUUCAUAAUGUUGUUCGUGAUAUUGUUGAUUAUGUUGAAUCCUCUAAUUUCAAAACUGUUGAAGCGUUGGUAUUCAAGAUUGGACAAUUGACUUUUCAAAAUUAUCCAAAUGUUGGGAUUGAGUCUGUUGAUGCAAAAGUAACAAAGCCAAAUGCGUUUAGUCAUGUAGAGGGUGUUGGUGUCAGUUCUAUAAUGAUGCCAGAGAAUUUCAAGGACGUUGAACCAUUGGCUUUAAAAGAUGUGCUGCAUGAUAAGGGUGAUUUUAAUUUACCUGUUGAGGACCAAGAUAGACAAAAUUAUAAAGGAAGACAUGUUGCGUUUGUUGCAAUAGGAUCCAACAUCGAUCAAAUGGAAAACAUCUCAAAGGCCCUCGAGAGGUUAAAGUUUUAUGACAUCACUCUCGAGUCUACAUCGUCCAUGUAUAUAUCAAAGCCAAUGUAUCACCUUGACCAACCUGAUUUCUUCAACGCAGUGGCUAAGGUCUCAUUUACUGAUUAUUCUCCCCAUAGAUUAUUGGAAAUCUUGAAAGAAAUAGAGUAUCAACAUGUGGCUAGAGUUAAGGAAAUUGAAAACGGCCCUCGCACGAUUGACUUGGACAUUUUGCUUUAUGAUAAUGUGCAAAUCAACACCAGUGAUUUAAUUAUACCGCACAAACUAAUGUUGGAAAGGACAUUUGUAUUACAGCCCCUCUGCGAGUUGUUACCUCCAGAUCAAACCCACCCCAUAAGUGCUGAGUCAUUUCACGACCAUUUGCAACAGUUGUUGACUGACAAGCCAGAAGAUCAUAUUCAAGAAGACUCCAGUUUGUUGCAAUUCAUUCCUGUGCCGAGAAUUUCAACUAAGGACAAUGUAAUGAAAUUUGACCAGAUUAAUUAUAAAUCGCCCACUUUACUUAUGGGGAUAUUGAACAUGACACCGGACUCGUUUAGUGAUGCCGGUAAAUAUUUUUCUUCUUCAUUGGAUGAAAUAGUGAAAGAGGCAGAUAACCUUGUCCAACAAGGGGCAGAGAUUAUUGACAUUGGAGGAGUUUCAACCAGGCCAGGCAGCGUGGAGCCAUCAGAAGCGGAGGAGCUUGAACGUGUACUACCUCUUGUUCAAGGGAUUAGACAAUCGACUAAUCCAAAUUUGGCCAAUGUGUUGAUCUCCAUCGAUACUUAUAGAUCCAACGUGGCGAAGCAAUGUCUCGAAGCUGGAGCUGAUAUCAUCAACGAUAUAUCUAUGGGCAGAUAUGACGAACGUAUUUUCAAUGUGGUGGCAGAGUAUGGCUGCCCCUACAUCAUGAAUCAUUCCAGAGGUACUCCACAGACUAUGUCGAAACUAACAAGAUAUGAGCCAAACAAGAAUGACGAUAUUGUACAAUUUGUCAUCGAUCCAAGGUUGGGGCAACAAGAGACACUAUUCAGUCCUCAGUUGGAUAACUUUCUCAAUGGUGUUUCCCGAGAAUUGUCGCUCCAAAUACUAAAGAGUUUCCGAGCUGGUGUAAAAAAGUGGCAAAUUAUAUUAGACCCCGGGGUUGGGUUUGCCAAAAAUUUGAACCAAAAUUUAGCAUUAAUUGCCAAUGCAUCAUUCUUUAAAAAAUAUUCGAUUCAGGUUAACCAGCAAAAUCUUGAAAAUUCACUGGACACAACGCAUUCCCUGUCUUAUUUGAGUUUCAAUGGGAUGAGUGUAUUGAUUGGCACAUCGAGAAAGAAAUUUUUGGGAACUAUUACAGGCAAGAUAGACUCCCCUUCUGAUCGAGUCAUGGCUACUGCUGCGACAGUUACCUCAUCAAUUGAACAGCAUGCCGAUUUCGUAAGAGUUCAUGAUGUCGAAAAAUGCAAAGACGUUGUUAUGACUAGUGAUGCGAUAUACAAAAACAUUUCUAUAUAA